UAUAUUAAUUAUUAUUAGUCGGUUUGAUUUUGGUGGUGGUUGGAGCCAAAUCACGUUUGGCACUCGAAAAUUCCAGUAGCAAUACUUGUUCACGGCCCAUUUCUCUGACUUUGACUCUAUACCUGAUAGCGGCUGCUGUCACCGAUGGUGUUCUUCAGGAGUGUCAAUGCGCUUUCCAAGCUCCGUUCUCGUCUUGGCCAACAGUCGAAUCUCAGAGAUUCCGUCAGAUGGCUUCAAACGCAAACCUCCACAGAUCUUGACCUUCGUUCUCAGUUGAAGGAAUUGAUUCCAGAACAACAGGAACGUCUGAAGAAAAUCAAGGCAGAAUAUGGAAAAGUUCAACUGGGCAAUAUCACUGUUGAUAUGGUUCUUGGUGGAAUGAGAGGAAUGACAGGGUUGCUGUGGGAAACUUCCUUACUUGACCCAGAUGAGGGGAUUCGUUUCAGGGGUUUAUCAAUUCCAGAAUGCCAGAAAGUAUUACCAGGUGCAAAGCCUGGUGGGGAACCUUUGCCUGAGGGUCUUCUGUGGCUACUUUUAACAGGAAAGGUACCAAGCAAAGAGCAAGUUGAUGCAUUAUCAGAGGAAUUGAGGAGCCGUGCUGCAGUUCCAGAUUAUGUGUAUGACGCCAUUGAUGCUCUGCCAAUUACAGCACAUCCAAUGACUCAGUUUACCACCGGUGUUAUGGCCCUCCAGGUUCAGAGUGAAUUCCAGAAGGCAUACGAUAAGGGGAUACAUAAAUCGAAGUACUGGGAGCCAACUUUUGAGGAUUCACUUAGCUUGAUUGCACAACUGCCAGUAGUAGCUUCUUAUGUUUACCGGAGAAUUUUUAAGGAUGGAAAAGUAAUACCUGUUGAUGACUCCCUGGAUUAUGGUGCAAAUUUUUCACACUUGUUGGGCUUUGACGAUCCCAAGAUGCAUGAGCUUAUGAGGCUUUAUGUCACCAUUCAUAGUGAUCACGAAGGUGGGAAUGUCAGUGCUCACACCGGCCACCUUGUUGCUAGUGCACUGUCAGACCCUUAUCUUUCAUUUGCAGCUGCAUUAAAUGGGUUGGCUGGCCCACUCCAUGGUUUGGCUAAUCAGGAAGUUUUGCUCUGGAUAAAAUCUGUGGUAGAUGAAGUUGGGGAGAAGGUAACUACAGAGCAGUUGAAAGAUUAUGUCUGGAAAACAUUAAACAGUGGGAAGGUUGUUCCUGGUUUUGGACACGGAGUCUUGCGUAAAACAGAUCCACGAUACUCAUGUCAACGGGAGUUUGCAUUAAAGCACUUGCCUGAUGAUCCGCUGUUUCAGCUGGUCUCCAAGCUUUAUGAAGUCGUGCCUCCCAUUCUUAUCGAACUAGGCAAGGUUAAAAACCCCUGGCCCAAUGUAGAUGCUCACAGUGGAGUUCUGUUGAACCAUUUUGGUUUGACCGAGGCAAGAUUUUUUACUGUUCUCUUUGGCGUAUCAAGGAGUAUAGGGAUUGGUUCUCAGCUGAUAUGGGACCGGGCUCUUGGUUUGCCUCUUGAAAGGCCAAAAAGUGUUACGAUGGAAUCACUUGAAAAUUACUGCAAGAAAGCAGCUUCGUCCUGAGAAUCGGAGGGUUGUAUCGUUCUCUUUCAGUAAUAAUUGCUCUGAUGAAUUCAUGGCUUUGUGAAGGAUAUACUGAGGGGUGUAAAAUUUCAGGUUCUGCUGUUUUUAGUUGAGUUGUUACAGGAAAACCUCAACACUAGAGCAUUUUUAAGUACUUAGAAGAAAUUUUGAAGUUACUUAGGCUCAGGGUGUUUUACUGCUCUGUUUGAUUUUAAUAAACACACUGAAGAAGAUAUUUGGAAUAAAAAGUAUAGUCGAAGAUGGCCCUUGCAUUUUAGGCUUUUCUUUCAGAUUUUGGAGAUGUUCACUGUAAAGCCGAUGUAGUCACAUUUGUAAUUGCAUUGGGCAAAUCAAUUUUAACACUCAUUUUUUUUA